UCAUCGGGAGUCGAGACGACAAACGCACAAACACGGACAGAGAGUCCUCAGUAUUAAAAGCGAAGACAAGCUCCUGCCUCAGCAGAGAGAGAGAAAGAAAAACCGCUGACAAAAACUGCGGAUAUAUUGAUGGCUGGGACUGUGUGUAUCACAACUAUCAUCCUCAUUUUUGGUGUUGGAAGUCAAGCUCUGGAUCUUCUCAAAGCAACUUCAGUUUUAGGAGAUCCUCCUUCCACUCCCAACGUGCACUGCUGGUGUUCCAGCUACCCCAACGUGACGUUUUGCUCCUGGCCAGAACCUUUGCCCUCCCAUCCAACACAGUACAUCGCCACCUACAGUGAGCGAGACAGUAACGCUGACCCAAAGACGUGCCACCUGGUCCCACCCGGCUCUUCAUCCUCUCUGACCACAGAACCUCCGUCUUCACUGUCUGAGCAGCUCUGGCACUGUCACUUGCCCAACCUGAAACUUCUCACUGAAUACAUUCUCAACAUCACAGCAGUUCAUUCUGGGGGAAGCAGCUUUCAUCUAACAAGUUUCAUGCUGGAGGAUAUUGUGAAACCAGAUCCUCCUGUAGAUGUCCGGGUUUCCCCUCUUACUACCAAAAACCUGCUGGUGGAGUGGUCUCCUCCUCCCACCUGGACAAGCACAGACAUCUUCCCUCUGAAGUACCAGCUACUGUACCAGUGGGAAAUUAGGGGCAGACCAAAGUUUAUCAACCUGGGUCCGUUUGAGAAAACCAAGGCCGAGCUGAGGGGGUUGAUCCCAGGGAGGACCUACCAGUUCCAGGUGUGUGCUAAGGAAAUGCUGGGCCUGGGGCAGUGCAGCGACUGGAGUUCACCUAUAAAAAUCACAAUACCAACAACAAAACUAUAGGAACUUUCCCCCGCUUUCAUUUUCAUGCAGACAGGUUGCUGCAAACCAGCAAGAAAAUAUGCUGUUCUUUAUUUAUGACCAGAGCUGCAGAAACAAUGCAACUAAGAGUUAUUGAUGUUCCGUUUUAUUUAUGCUAAAAUGUAUUCAUAUCUGUACAGUGCAGAAAUCCCAUUUAUUUUUUUGUAUCUUUUUACGGUUGUUACAUUGCUUGAACUGAACAGGAAACGUUUAAAACGGAAUAAAAACACGAUUACACAAAGUA